ACAUCACCCAACCUCCGUAUAAUACUAACAUCACUCAACCUCUGUAUUAUACUAACAUCACCCAACCUCUGUAUCAUAUUAACAUCACCCAACCUCUGUAUUAUAUUAACAUCACCCAACCUCUGUAUUAUAUUAACACCACCCAACCUCUGUAUUAUAUUAACAUCAUCCAACCUCCGUAUAAUACUAACAUCACUCAACCUCUGUAUUAUACUAACAUCACCCAACCUCUGUAUUAUAUUAACAACAUCCAACCUCUGUUAUAUAUUAACAUCACCCAACCUCUGUAUUAUAUUAACACCACCCAACCUCUGUAUUAUAUUAACAUCAUCCAACCUCUGUUAUAUAUUAACAUCACCCAACCUCUGUUAUAUAUUAACAACACCCAACCUCUGUAUUAUACUAACACCACCCAACCUCUGUAUUAUACUAACACCACCCAACCUCUAUAUCAUAUUAACGCCACUCAAAAUUUAA